AUGCAAUUGGUUGCUGGAGCCGGGAUGGCUCUUAGCUUGGCACUGAUUUGUGGCCUCUUCUCCUCAUUCAUUUGUGCACUCUUAUGGCUGCUUUACUUCUCCAUUGUGACCUCUGCAGAUGGAACUGCUUGGUAUAGCUAUGGCUGGGAGAGCCAGCUGUUGGAAACUGGCUUCCUGGCAAUCUUUCUAUCGUCGCCUUUCCAUUUGUCAUCGCCUCCAUCUUUGCCUGUGCUAUGGCUGUUCCGCUGGUUGUGCUUUAGGAUUUCCACAGGCGCGGGCCUCAUCAAAGUUCGCGGCUCCAGUUGCUGGACGGAUCGAACCUGCUUGUGGUACCACUUCGAAACCCAGCCGAAUCCUUCGCCGCUCUCGUUUCUUUGGCAUUUUUUGCCCCGCAACAUGCUAUCGCGUGGCGUGGAUCUGGAUAUCUUUGUACAACUCUAUGCUGUUUGGCUGGUCCUGAUCCCCGGAUUUGGGCUGCUGAAGUAUUUGAGACGGAUCGGAGGCUUAAUACAAGCACUCUUCAUGCUCAACAUUGCCAUCUCUGGGAAUUUGUCUUUUCUGAAUCAUUUGACGAUCAUUCCUGCGCUGGCCUGCUUGGAUGACGCCUGCUGGAGCUUCCAGAGGCCCAAGGUGGUCAAGGCCAAGAACCUUCUUCAAAUCGAAGGCCGUCAGAUGAUGAAUGCCUCGUUUGGAGCUUUUCGCCUGGUCAACACCUAUGGAGCCUUCGGGAAUGUGGGCAAGGAGCGCUAUGAGGCAAUCGUGUCUGUUUCCCAUGACAAGCGCCAAUGGCACGAGCUGGAGUUCCCCUGCAAGCCUGGGCGACUGGACCGGAGGCCCUGUAUGUGUGCUCCAUAUCAUUACCGCUUGGAUUGGAAUAUUUGGUUCCUAGGCUUCAAGCCUCACCAAGCCUAUCUGCAACAAAGAGAGACCUGGAUGUGGUCCUUCUUGGCCAAGAUCCUCGAAGGGGAUGAUGUGGUGCUCAAGCUUCUUGCACCAGAGACGGCCGAAAGCAAAGCCUUUUAUCCUCACGGGCUUUCAGGUGGCCGAAAAGUUCCCAGAUACAUCAAAGUGGACAUGUGGAGAUACCGCAUGAAGGCACCUUUGUGGGAGAUUGUCAAGGACCUUUAUCGGAAUGGCACUGCCAUUUGGUGGGAGCGAAGCAAAGGGGAGCCGUUGAUCCCCGCUCUCGAGCGGAACUACACGGUCUUGGUUCCUCGGAUGUCUUUCUCCGUUGCAAACGCUUCUCUCGUUUGUGAUGUCAGUGUUGCCCUCCUGAGGUCCAACCCUAUAGGCCCUAAGUCACAGGUGGUGGGGUUUGGUUUGCUUUCUUUUGAAACUGUUUUUGGCGUUGGACCUGAAUUCCGACACUCUAGUUGUGCUCUUGCAUCACCACUCUUUCAAAGCUCACAAUCAUAG